UCAAAUCAUCUCCCAGCUUUUUCAUUCAUGACACGGAGCACAAUAAAGUCCAUAUAGGCAUAUGUCAGGGAGAACUCACUUGAUUAAAGCUGACAGUAAGCCAUCUAUCAACAUCGCAGGAUAUCCCAAGCAGGGCAAAGAGCUCAACCGCUUGUUAAACUGUACAAAGGAACAAUCCAAAAACAAUUUUUCUCCAUCGUGAUGUCAAACCCGGGAGGUCGGAGACUGAAGCAGUGGCUGGUGGAGCAGAUCCAGAGCGGCCAGUACUCUGGACUGCAGUGGGAGGAUGACAGCCGCACUAUGUUCCGAAUUCCAUGGAAACACGCAGGGAAACAGGAUUACAACCAAGAAGUAGACGCAUCCAUUUUUAAGGCCUGGGCUGUGUUUAAAGGCAAGUUUAAGGAGGGGGACAAGGCUGAGCCUGCAACAUGGAAGACCAGACUCCGCUGUGCCCUGAAUAAAAGCCCCGACUUUGAGGAGGUGACAGAAAGGUCGCAGCUAGACAUCUCUGAGCCCUAUAAAGUCUAUCGCAUUGUACCAGAGGAAGAGCAGAAGCAUGGCAAAGUCUCAGCGAUGGUCAUGGCAACUACCACCAGCGCUUGUGAUAUCACUGACAUGGACUGCAGCCCUGCAGAGAUAGAGGAGCUCAUAAAAGAGGAGGAUGGCUGUAGUAUCCAGGCCAGUCCAGAGUAUUGGUCCCCGGGUAGCAUUAAUGCUUUUCCCUUGCAUCAGGACCCUUUGCCAUCAGGCAAUCUCACCUCAGCUUUCUCCCAGAUGAUGAUCAGUUUCUACUAUGGAGGGAAGUUGAUGCAGACCACACCGGUUACUCAUCCUGAAGGCUGCCGGAUCGCCCCACAGCACCUGGGCCGUGGCGCCCUAUACAGUUCAGACAGCAUGCAGAGUGUGCAUUUUCCUCCGGCUGAGCACAUUGAGUACGACCGCCAGCGCCAUGUCACACGCAAGCUCCUGGGCCACCUGGAGAGAGGUGUACUGGUCCGUGCCAACCAAGAGGGCAUCUUUAUCAAAAGGUUGUGCCAGAGCCGUGUCUUCUGGAGUGGGCUGGGAGAAGUGGGCUCACAAUACAGCCCUGUGCCUUGUAAACUUGAAAGAGAUGCUGUAGUCAAGAUUUUUGACACAGGAAAGUUUCUCCAUGCUCUACAGCUGUACCAGGACGGUCAGUUUCCUGCUCCUGAUCCGACAGUGACUCUUUGUUUUGGAGAAGAGCUCCAUGAUCUCAGCAAUGCCAAGAGCAAACUGAUCAUUGUGCAGAUCACUGUGGUGAACUGCCAGCACCUGCUGGAGGCAGUGAACAUGCGGCGCUCCCAGCCCUACUGCAACAACCCAAACCUGGACAUGUGUGAUAAUCUGGCCAGUGACCAGAUGGCCCGCAUCUACCAGGACUUGUGCAGCUACAGCGGCCCCCAGAGGCCAGCCUGCUACAGAGACAACAUGUCCAUCACUGCCUGAACUGUGAGCAGCAACACACCUGCCUGGAGCUCUACAGCAUGUACCGGACUCAAUGUACAGCAUAUUAGGGACAUUCCUUAUUUACCUGACAUACACUGACAAGGUGAAUUUGGGUAAAUGCCAGUAUCACAGUUACUUAUAAUUUUUUUUUUUUAAGUAUACCAAUGACAGCAAGAGCAGAUCUCUUACAGUAAGACUUUUAAGCAGCAGCUCAGUAUUAAGAUGUCCCUAAUAUUUUGUAUAUCAGUAAUGUUUAUUUUUCUUAUAUGUACAGUGCUAACACACUCUCUGUGUUUAACUUCUGCUUUUCAAUUAUGAGAGAGUUAUCAUGUAGCUCAAGAGAAAAAGUGGUAUUAUGUUGUUGUAUGUUAUACACAAGUCUUGCCAAGCCUUAAGAACAGACCCAUUUUGGUGACUUUUUUAACAAAUACUUCUCAUAUAUGUAAUGACAUCUGUGCAGUAUGACAACAGUUUUAUAUAUGCAAUUUAGUUCUCAAAGCUGAAUUUUAUUUUGACAUGCAGCAUCUUUUUUGUUUUUGCAGUCGAGUUGAUUCCUUAUGUGAUGACCUAAUGGAUAUUUUGUCAGAUAUUUUUAUAUUUUUUACAAGUUGAUGGACUGAAAAAAGAUUGCAUUGAAUUUUAAAUGCAAUGUGGCAUUAAAUCACAGAUAGGUUUUACUAUCAUACUGUUUUUAUAAACUGCAUUUUUACUAAAGUUUGUGCUGAACUACA